GGUAAUUUUUGGUUCGACCUUGAACCCAAGAAAACGAAGAAGAAAUUUCUUUUAAAUCAUUCAAACUAAAUAUUAAAGGACUAAUUGUAAUUUCUUCUUCAUUGAAAAAUUAGGUCGAAUAAAGACCAAAUUCGAUUCCCCGAAGAUUUAGUGAUUACUUCAUUCAGUGUUAUCUCUCUAUUUCUGACGUUCUAAUUACAUUUCACAAACACAACCAAAAAAUAUGCCUGGAAAACUGAAGGUUUGUGUGGUAGCUGCACGGAAUUUACCCGUGAUGGACAGAGCUACAGAUUUAACGGAUGCUUUUGUUGAGGCUGAAGAUGAAGAAUUACAGGAUUUUCCAUUGCAACUAAGGGUUUUGGAUCACGACACAUAUAGUGCUCACGAUGCUAUUGGUAAAGUGUAUAUUGAUUUAAAUCCCUUGCUAUUAAAGGAUGGAGCUGAAUCCCUCAGUGGAUGGUUUCCUAUUUACGAUACUAUGCACGGGAUAAGAGGAGAACUAAACGUUGUGGUUAAAGUAGAGCUAUUUACUGAUCUUAAUAAAUUUAGACAGUCUUCUUGCGGCGUAUACUUUUUUGCCACUGCAACGGUCCCAUCCGGUUACAAGUUACAAGCCAUACAGGGCUUCGUUGAAGAAUUGGUUGUCAACGAUGAUCCAGAACAUCAAUGGAUUGAUAGAAUUCGAUCUCAGAGGGCUUCUAAUGAGGCAAGACAAGUUCAGUUUUCUAAAUUGUCAGGAGAAUUACAAAGAAAAAUUGGUAAAAAGGUUCUUGAGUUAGGAGGAACUGCUGUUUUAGGAUAUAGACAAUGCUUCGAUUUAGAAGGAGUUUACGGAAUUGUCGUCAGAGCUAUUGGAACAGCAGUAACCCUUACAAGAGUACUUGGUGGAUCAUCACCAAGACCGUAUUCGCCUGUGAGAGAAGGUGGUAUAGGAGGUAUACAAGCGAAUCAUUUUUUUGCAUCUAGUCCACCACAUCGAACAAUAACGCAUAGAGCCAGCGUUUGCGGUCCUGUUUCUCAUCAUGUUAGAUCAUCAUUUUCUUCACACAGAACAUCCGUUCCUGAAGAGAGUGUCUUACCUGACUCACCACCAAGUUCUUCACCAACAAAACCUAAUAACUUACAACGACGUAAUAGUGACUCUGACCUAUCAAAUACACCCCAAAAAGCAGCUAGCAUGGCUGGAAGUAGCGGUAGUGGAACAAGUCAAGUCAAACCCCCUUUAAUGAAACCGAUGUUCCCGCAAAAUAGUUUAGAUAUGAUGGAAUAUCCUUUUUUCACCAUGACAAGCUUUCCGCCCGGUUUUAUUGCGAAUAUAGGCGGUGCGGUUUCAGCAAGAUCCGUCAGAUUAUUGGAUAAAAUAAAUAAUCCAGAUGAAUCGGAAACAAGAGAUGCUUGGUGGUCAGAAAUUCGAACAGAAAUUCGCUCUCACGCUAAAUCUUUGUCCUGUAAUGCAGUUUUAGGCUAUUCAGAACAUACAACGAUAUGCGAGGAAAUUAUUAUACUAUCCGCCAUUGGGACGGCUGCUAAUAUAAGCCUAAGAAAUGGAGUUCCGGAUGUUGACGUUUUUACUUUUAUUGAAAAACAAACUCGUCCCAUGGCUCCUGAAGGAGAAGAGAUUGAUGGAAAAUGCAAGCUUCAUGUCGACGUAAAUUUGGCGAAUCAAGUAAAAUUGUCACCGUCCACUUCUCUUUCCGCUCCACCAACGGCCUCUGUAGAAAGAGAACCGAUUCCUCCAUCUUGUGAUCUUUGUCACGCUCCCUACGCUGAAUCGUCCCAUACUGCCCCAUCAAACAUGCUAUUGAGCACGUGCAACAUGUGCAAGUAUUGCAAAGUACCCGAUGUACUGUUUACGACUUUGGAGUUCCCUAGGGAAUUACCAAUAAUUGGUAAAGGAACGAUGGUAAGAGCGCAUAUUUCACGUCCGAAACGUGAUAUUAAGGGAGAAUCGAACGCUAAGGAAAUAAGUGAACAACUACCGUUUAUGGAAUAUGAACUGUACAAACAAUUGUUCAAUAAGGUUAAAUUAAAGGGCAUGAAUGCGGUUUUUGGGUUAAAGAAGAUGUUUAUUAUAGGGGAAACAUCUAUAGUAGCAUUAGCUAUUGCAACUGCGGUAUUUGCUGCUGCUUUACCACCGGCUCUGCCCCCAAAAGUUGUGUAUAAAUCAGAUCAUCCCGCAGGAAAGAAAGUUGACGAUCGAGUUAUUGAAAGUCUACGAUCCAAGGUUAUUGACGAAUUUAAUUCCAACUGUGAAAGAUACGGGUUACCCCAGGCUUAA